GUUGAGGAAGUAGCAGCUGGAAGAGAGCUGAAGGGAAUGAGACAUUCUAGCGAACCAGACUACUAUUACGAAGAUUACCUAAUGUCGAUUGUUCGCCGGAUAUAUUCACGUAUUUGUCCGAAACCUGCCACUGCAUUUCGUUACCUUUCAUCUUCAUCCAGGGAUGAAGAAGGGGAACGUUGUGCGGGGCGAGAGAAUGUUCCGGGCAUGUCGAGGAUUCAUUCUACGUUGCAGAAAUUGGUUUUGGGGGGUGAAGAGAAAGUGCCAGAUGCAUGUUUGGAUCUCAUAAGAAAAAAGAGCAAGUUUACGAAGAUUAAGAAAAAGGGAAAGGUUAUGAAGAAGAAGCAAAGUCCCGACCGACCUGGUGUGAAAUGGAGGGUCCUUUAUCCCCACGAGAAGAUUGAUCGCGUCGGCGAUACUGAACAAUUUUUUAUGGGAGCUCUGGAUAUCUAACGCGUACCUGAUUUUUUACUAACUUUUCUAUUUUAGGAAUUUAUUAAAUAAAAUUAUAUUUAUCUUCCCCUUUGUAUUUAUUGCUUGAUGCGAUUCAAAUUGAAUAGCAACGCUUUGGAGUUAUGAUGCAUCAAACUAGUAGAGGGAGGCCACGAGACAUCAUCUCAGCAAUGAUAUAUAGGACUGGGUAGGUAUAAUAAGUAUAAUAAUAGUAUGCAAUAUGCAAAUUGCAAACUGUAUUUACUUUUCAGUUUUUUCUCACAUAGCUAUUUUAACAAUUUGUUUUGACAGAGAGAAAU